AUGAAGCUCUCCUCCGAAGGCCACGGCCAUAGCGAGACAGGCAAAGAAGAUCAUGUCCACCAUGAGCGUGCGGCGGCGGUUGAGGAGAUGGGCGUCCUGGACGAGUUCGCAGACAUCGAGACGUCGAAGGUGUUGAGGAAAGUCGACUGGAGGCUUCUUCCAGUCCUUUCGUUCCUUUACCUUCUUGCGUUCCUCGAUCGAUCCAAUCUGGGCAAUGCCAAAGUGGCCGGUCUGGCUGACGAUCUGGCCCUAACUGGCCCGCAGUACAAUCUUUCGGCGACUGUUUUCUUCAUCCCGUACUGCUUGUUUGAGAUUCCGGCGAACGUCGCCUUGAAAGUCCUGCGCCCUUCUCGAUGGAUUGGGUGUUUGGUUGUUGCAUGGGGAACUGUGGGUUCGAGAUUCCGCCCAAGAAAUAAUACGGGCUGA